CCAACAAGUACGAGGAAAUAAGGUAGGUAGGGAAGAAAAGACCCUUUCUUGGCACAUUCUCCCUCUACCAUUCAUCCUUGCUUAGCCCACCCCUGCUGGUGCUCUCCCCUGCCCGCAACUGGAGCCUGAGUUGGUGCCCUGGCGACAAAGGAGAAUUGCCUGUGCACUUGACUUGAGAGCUGUAGCGUAGCGUAGAACAGCGCAGCGCAAACGCAAGGGUGGUUGUACAUACACACACGUACAAAGAUUGGAUUGGCCAUUGCGUGUCUGAUCUCUACGAAUCUGGUGCACUUCCUUUUUCUUCCUUUCCCACCUACCUAGUUAAUAUUCUCGGUUCUUGUUCGAUCUGGAGGCCUGCAUCGAAGCAGCACACGACGCCUCACCUCCAUCUUCCCCGCCAUAUCUACACCACCCGCCAUUGCCAACAGCUAGGUACCUUACCUUAGCUCACUUGCACCUCAACUCCGCCCACGAUUGGAUUGCUUAUCGCAGAUAUCCCCUAACUCUCGACGACCCCUUUGUCAGACUCGCCACAAAGAACCCAUCAACGAUACCGCCCAUCCUGCUUUGACCUUUGGCCGACGACCGUCAAGCGCCACAUAGAACCUCCCGCCUACAUCCCCACAUGUCCAACAGUUGAUCCUCGUCGCCAGAAACAAGCCUGCCUCAUUGGACGACUCCACUAUCUCUACUGCUCCGGUACCGUCCUGUAAUCGUUCCAGCAGAGGUGACAGCGACCAGGAACCACGUCUCUCCGUUCCUGCAAAGACAUAGGCGUUCUGUGCUUACUAUCCUCAACUCAACUCUCAGUUUCUCCUCUUUGGGUCAAUGCCGGUGUGCUGAACCUUUCGCUUCCCUCCCCCAUUAUAUCCCCCAUGGAGAACGACAUACCUACCAUCCAGGUCCCUGAUGGGCGAUCUUCGAGGCGAGACCGCCUUAUGGGCAAGCUGUUUGGUGCCAAAGACCGCAAAGGCGAAGAAGCGCGGUCCGCUGCCAAUGUCGAAUCAUUCCUCCAUAGCUCCUCAGACAACCUAACAAUCACAAACCCUCCCCCGCCUCCCCCGCCGUCGUCGCUUCCAAAGCUGGCCAAGCUUGAUACCACAUCAAUCUCUCGUUAUCCUCAAGCUUUAGGACUUAAUCAUGCAGCCCAGCAAAACCGUCCUCUCGUCACAGGUCGACCUGAUACUACAAAGUCACCGAGACGAAGCCCACGGCCCAACAAGAAAGGUCUGACGGUGAGGUUUGAUGAUACUGCUCCCGAAAUAAUUGGCGAAGGAGGUGAUGAGUCCGAGAUACCAACUCAAGAGAUCUCGAAGCGCAGAGUAGCCCGUCCCAAACAACAACCGCAAGUAUCACAACCACCACAACCACCACAACCACCACAACCUCCUGCUCACCGCAGAGCCCCAAUGCCACCAGGACGACCCCCUCCUCCUGAUUCAGCUGCUUCAGGCUCACCCGUAGACGAUUUCCGACCAAAGCCUUUGUCUCGAACCCAAACAGGCUUCUCGUCAAUUUACACUCCCGACUCCGACGAAGAGUCUGAGGCUGGACUUGACCGUAAUUCUAAAUCAGACGAGCUGGUCUCACCUGUAUCUGCGCAGCAGCACUCACUUAGCCCAGGAAGACCAAUAGGCGCGAGGUUUUUGGGUCCAGCAGCAAGACAAGAUGAGAAUAGGAGGUCAUAUAUUGAGAUUCAUUCUGCGCAGCAGCGAGAGGCAGAAGGCCGGGCCUUUGCUGAAGCUGCUCGGGUAGCCAGUGCCACCUCUGCAUCCUCACACAACUGGGACGAUCCCCAUUCCGCCACGCCUCUUUCGUCCUCUCCAGUCGAAUCACGAAGACGAGGGCCUCCAUCCCCCGAAGCUCAAGUCUCGAAACCGAGCCUUGAGUAUAGCCCUGCAGCUUCUCUCCAUUCCAACUCAUCUUCGUAUUCUCCUCCCGCGCCCCCAGCUGCAGUUCCAGCCUCUGCUCCUAGCUUAUCUGGAUCGCCGUCUGGGGCUCAGGCUCCAGCUCCCACUGCGGUUUCUGCGGCCUCUACUCCAACCUCAGAAGUCAACCAAUUGUCCAGGCAACCGAGCAUCGCACCGCAGCGUGCUCCUCCCAUGAUGGCUUCUAGAGCAUUGUCUGUGAGAGUCGCUGAUGGUACUUCUGCGGCUGCUGAGCAAGCCCUUGAGACAUUCACCUCCAGGACAAGCCAUCUUUUUGAGCUCUUUCGCCUCCAUGCGGAAUCCGUGAAGCCUCUGUCGACCUGUUCAUUGAUUGAAUUUGGCCGUGGCGCACUAUGGUGGUUUCUCAAAGGUCGCAUGGGUUUGGAGGUCGCAAUCAGGGAAAGGCCCAAUUCUCCUCAGGGCCAGAUGCAAAACGACAGGGAUCGCCAGCAGGCAUAUGCUAAUUUGGCCAAAGCAUUCUGGCUUUGCGAGCUUGUGAUUCCAGAAAUUGGGCAAGCGCAGGGGAUUGAAAUUGAUCCCGAAGUCGACGACGUGAGCACGAGUCUGGUCUCAGCGCUUAAGAAGCUGGCCAUGUCUAUGAAACGUAACGGCUUCUUGCCCCCUGAAGAUGCAUUUUUACCACAGAGCAUAGACAAGUCAAUAUGGGUUGAGUACCCACCUCUGAGCCAAGAUAUGAUUGCUCUUCUUUCUGGCAACUGGGCUUCGGGUCUCACAGCGAUGACAAGCCCGAUGUCUAAGUUGAGGCUUCUUGAUUCUCUCCCCGUGGGCGAUACUACCGAUAACUUUAACUAUGGCAGAGUGCCAGCUGAUGCCUAUCUUAUGGAACAAGGCCAUGAAGACCAAAAACUUUACUUUCCGUGUUUGCUCUCAAUGGUUCGCCCGCAGAAGUCCACCGGGCUUGUUUUCAUCCUCGCCAGCCAGAACGGCCACGUACAGCUUGUUAUUCAAGAGAACAAGAACGUUGGCCCAAUCUGGGACGAUGUGCGAUGGCGAAAGGAAACAUGCACCGUCGACAUUCGAUUACGACGUGGCUUCAUGUUGACCAUUCAACUCGUUCAGCAAGAUUUCAGAACACUGUGGAACAUGUAUGAUUUCGGAAGCAAGGUCAACAACUCCCUUUACCCACGAAGUGACGAGAGUAUGGUAUUCAGGUCAACAUUGCGGUCGUUCCAGGUCAUGGAUGCAGACCCCAACUAUCGUCAAUUCCCCAAAGAGCCAACACCAUAUUGUGAGAUCUCGCUUUUUGAGAAGCUUUACAAGGAGAAUGGCCCUGCAGCCACUCGUACAUGGCACCUUGGUUUCCGAAUCGCGGUGGUGACUGGACCAAAGACAAGGACACUGAGUGGUGUUCAGCACGUCUAUUCCCCAGCUCAACCUGUCCAGUUCGGAUUCUUUCGCGGUGAUGGCGAUGCUCCGUCUUUAGCUAUCAAGUAUGAGAAUGGCAAAUCCAAGGGUCGCAUGGUGAUGGUGUUCAGUGAUGACAAGGCAAGAAUCAAGUUUCACUCGAUUCUCACCGGAACAGCUCUGGAUCAUGACGAGAAGAUUUACUCAGACGUGCCACUCAAGAACUUCUCUGUGGCUCAAAGUCUCCGUGAGCCCCUGGGUAUGGCUCCAUUCAGUCGCAUGCCUUGGAAGGCCGUGAGAGUGGUCAAUGAUGAGUAUGGCGGAGAGAUGCCCCCAACAGUAUUGGCCGAUCACCUCAAAGUUGUAAUAGACUACCAGAAUGGUAAUGUUGCUGAUCGCAUCAAUGUGGCACCUGGGGAGUUACGUGUUAGGCUGGAAGUGAGCAACGCUAAAGUCUUUCGAGUUCUUCGGCAACCACAAAAAGACAUGACUAUCUCGGUAUCUGAGGCCCAGGUGCCGAAAGAGCUUCCCAGGAACAUGUCUGAUGCAUUGCAGCUGCUGCGACACAACCAAACGAUCCGGACGUUCGAGUUCAAUAACUUGAAGGACCUGCAUGAUUUCCAAUAUGCAAUGACAGGAUUCGAGGUGAUCUUCGAUGCCCUUGCAGUCACAUUUGCGAUUCAGCGACGUCGUAUGGUUGUACCAAUUCACAAAAAAUGGGAAGCAGGAUACACCCGAAUACAGGUUAUUCGACAAGAAGACAAACAGUUACAGCUGCUGGCCUUCUUCGAGGAUUUCCAUCACGGCCACUGCAUGAACUUCCUCUUGAAGGGGACCGACGUGUAUGAAAGUGUACAGCGAAGUAGCAAAUGUGGUAUUAAGUUUGUUGAUGCCAAGUUCCCUCUACCACGACUACCGGCAGACAAAGACGGUGACUACGACGACAUGGCUUUUGUCUGCCUUGACCUACCAGAUUUACCAGGCGAGCAUGAUGAUAUUUCGAUUUUGUUUGAGAACGAGUCAGAUCGAGACGCGCUGGCACAGUGCUUACCAGCACCAAUCAAAGGUUCAAAAAAGAAGUAAACCUCCAUUGAAGAGCAUGGCAGUGAGACGCAUGCGUCCCUGGAAUCGAACAAAAGGCCUGGAUGAAAUUCUUUAUACCCAGAACGGAACUGUCAAUGAGUAAGGGAUAUCGCGGUAGCUCGAUUGCCGCCAGGAAGACAAAUCGGAGGUCCGGGAUACCACAAGAGUCCGAAACCCGUGUCUGAUUGAACAGCUAGAGCAACGGGUCGAGUUGGAUCGGUACUCCCGGACGACGGAGACAUUGAGAGGCCGAAAUCGCGAGAACGAAAGGAGUUGGACUUGUAUAUGGGCUAUAUUUGAAAUAAUGCCCCAAGCAAAUCUGGAAUGAUUGAUGGGUUGGCUCGAGCACGAUAAUACCUCAGUUUGAUCUGGUCGGAAGUGCCGGCCUCGGCGAAUCAUCAUCUGAAGCAAGCCGCAUUGCUUUUGUUCUAUUUUUAUUUAUUUAUGUGGGAAUGCUCUAUCAUAUCAUUGAAUACCAAGGGGAGAGGAGGAGAGAGUGAGAACCAGAGGUAGAUAGACCACUCUACGAGUAGAUGUAUCGUCCAUUAUGGCUUGGAUGGUAUCGAGAAAUAGAGCAACCGAGAGCAGGCCAUAGGUAAUCUUAUGGACUGGUAGACAAGCAGUCAGUCGAUAGAGACAACAAUAUUAAAAUACUGUUGACGAAUUCUGCUGCACCGUUAGGAGACUUUUAGUUACUGCACCCACCCAAGCCCAGAGGAGCCUC